AUGAGCAUCAAAAAUGGCUUUUUAUUAUCAACAAUCGUCUUGAAUAUAUUUCUUUUUGCAGCUGUGAGAUCUGAGCAUUCCCUUACCGAUUUUCAUCGUCGUCUUCACGCCAAAGAACCCCAUCACCGAGUGGCCAUUUGGGAUUUUGAGAAACCGAUCGGAUCGUUGGCCGGACAACCGGUCUAUCCACAACAUGAAGAAAGAGGCGUUCACCGGGAUCGAUCCGGUGUCCUUUGGAGACCCAGACAAGGAAUUCACUUCGCU